AUGCGCGCCUAUGAUGCGUCUGUGGAUAUAGGGUACCAAACUCUGCGUCUGGUGGAAGAAGAAGUAUCGUUAUGGAGUCCAGGGGCAGGACCCCGUCCUUCCAGCUUGGUAGUGGCAAAGGACCAUGUGAUACCCACACAGAGCGAGGGCAUAGUGAUGGUUAGAAUGGAGAAUCAUCUGGAAGUAGAAAAUGGUCUAGUAGAACCAAGCCCGCAGGCCCAUGCGCCUGAUGGAAUCUAUGUAGCCAGGACCCUAGUUCAGGACUGUCAGGAAGUACCAGUGAGGGUCAUGAAUGCUACCCACAGGGACCAAAUGCUCAGGAGAGGAUCUCCUCUGGCCCACUGUGAGCCAGUAACACUGGUGAUUUUGCCCGAUGUGGGGCAGCCACCAGAACCAGGCCUGAAACCGAAAUUAGCGGACGUGACCACAACGGCCAAGCCACGCCUGAACACCAGAGAAUUUCAAGAGAUAGAGGAACUCGCGGCCAAGUACGCGAAUAUCUUUGCGAGGGACAACGAAGAUUAUGGAAGAACAAACAAAGUAUAUCACCGCACAGACACGGGAGACGCCCGACCAAUUCGACAGCCACCGAGGAGGGUACCCCUAGCAAAACAAGCAGAAGUAAAAGAAAUGCUUGACAACAUGCGAGGACAGGGGGUUGUAGAAGAAUCGGACAGCCCUUGCAUCACUAGCAAUAUGAUACACAAGCCCAUAUCCAAUAUUAAAAUAAUCUUAAGAUAUCUGAAUGAUAGCAGACUCGCUCUUUUCGAAAGACACCGCCGAAAACAGGAAAUCCUGCCGAAAUUCAUGCGAGUGUGA